AUGAGCACGGAGGAUAAAACGCGCGGUUGCUUGACGAAGGCCCAGACUUUAAGGGCCAGCGGCAACUACAAGGAGGCAGUGGCAGCUCUUCAGUCCUUAUCGGAGCAUGGGGUCCAGUGGGGGCCAAUGUACAUUGCUGCCCUUGACUUACUUGCGGAGCUCUGCUUCAGUCAGGAACAGGGCAUUACGGUGGACCGUUUCUUUCCUGCGUUCAAAUGGAACCGCAACAAACUGCGUGGCUCGCAGCACCUGGAGGAGGGGACCAAACGGAUUGUUGAAAUUGCGAUGAAACACCUCCGAGCGUUGGGUGAGAGAGCGCACACCAACGCCAAGGCAACAGGAGAAACCCCCUCGGAAGAGGAGCUCAUCCUUGCUGCCCUCUCAGGGGUGUCGCCUGCACAACGGGCGAAGGAGCGCUACCUUGUCCCUGCGGAGACCGUCGCACAAUUUCUGGGCAGCGAGCUUUUAAGCUUUAACGCCAUUGGUCAUUCGAGGAAGCUUCUUCCAAUCUACCUUGACACCGCCACGGAGUUGAUUAAAUACUGCCAACAACACAACUUGAAGCGGGCUAUUGGGCGUAUCGCCGACGCAUAUGUGCGAUUUUUUAGGAGGUUUCUCCUUAGCCCCAUCCCGUCGAUCGUGGAGACCGAUAAUCCACACUUGAUCACAAUGCAUAAGGAAUUGGAAGCGGACAGGGAAGAUUUUUAUAAGGAAAAGCCAAAUACGGACCGUGCGGUGAGGGUCUUUUGUCAUCUCCUGCAAACUUUGACUGAGAUGAAUAGUUGGCACGCCGCAUGGUCAACGCUGCAGUGCUUUACGAGGGUAAUGCAGGAGAUCACACAACACCCCGAUCCCUCCAGGGAGUGCCAGAUUAUUGCCAAUUCGGCAAUGGCUGCUGUUUUUUGGAAGUGCUCGCAUUACGCGUUUCAUGCCCAUUGUUUGGGUGUUGCCGCCUUUUUGACCGGUAACGGGGGUGAAGCGGCAGCGGCGGCUUCCAGGGCGGUUUUGGCAACUCUCUGUGUGCCUAAUACUAACAAGGAACGAAGGAAUUUUGAGCGAGGGUCUGACUCUGUGUUUGAGAAGAAUGCUCGGAUUGCCCAGCUUUUUGGUCUUCAAUCAGCUCCAGCGGGGCUGGCGCUUUGGCAACGGCUUCAACGGAUGCAGGUUUUUCAGAAAGCCUUCCCCGAGGUACAAGCACUGGACGGAUUAUUACGGAACGAGAUGUCCGAUGAAAAUAUUGCACGACAGGCCAUUAAACAGCUCUCCAUUAUUGUUCAGAAGGACCCUAGCCUGGAGAUGUACGAAAAACCCCUGCGUAAAGUGGUCAUUCAGAGGUACCUGGAGUGCAUGGCGGUUCGAACAACCCGUGUAGAGGCAUCAUCGCUCCAAAUAGGGGAGAAUGAGGCAUCGGAAGAAGUUUACAUCCAUGAGAUUGAGCCGUAUAUUCUGAACGAAUCCGGGAUUGCGGUGGAGAUUGAUCACAAAACGGGGUUCAUAUCGUUCAGCAACACGACGAAGAUGAGGGUGCUGGAGGCAUUCGAUGCAUUGGCGGAGCGGGUGGACUUUCAUCCACCUGCGCUCCGAAGGAAACUUGAUAUCAGGCCUGAGCAUCUCCUGCGUGCCCAUGAUCGAAGCAGCAUUAUUCACCGCUUGCAGCACACCUGCGAGGAGACUGCGGAGGCCCGACGACAGAGUGCCAAAGAGAGGGAGGAGGCAGAGCGCGAGAAUGCCAGACUGGAACGUAUUCAGAACGAAGAAAAAAAGAAGGAGGCGGUCCGCCUGGCGCAGGAGGCUCGGGGCCUCGCAGAGUACCAGGAGCACAUCAAUCAAAACAGACGAAAGGUUGUACUGCGCCGUCUGAAGGAAAAGUACAAGGGGUUUGAUGCUCCUCCGGCGUUGACGCUGCGAGCUUCCACGGACUUUGUUCAGGAGUUAACGACGCUGUUGACGGCGCAUCUCAAAAAGACGACGCAGCAGAAAACGGCAGAUGUAACGAAGAUGAACCACUUUGAACGGGCAUGCAGAGAACUUGAAAUUCCAAAGCGAAAAGCCAUUGAGCUCGAGGAAUUAGAGCAACACAAAGCGGAGCGGGCGGCGGCGCGGGAGAACUUUUUAAUCCAGCACCGAAAAGAGUUUGAGAAGCGGCAACUGGACAAUCAAAUACUAAAGAAAUUCAUUAAGGAAGCCGCUGCCUUUGCAGAACAAACACAAAUGAAAGGAAAGACUUCUAAACGUGACGAACAACAGAUGCUUCUUCAGCAAGAGAGGGAACGUCUGCAGGGGCUGUAG